AUGGUAAUUUCGGGUUACCUUAGCAGCAUAAUAACUACCCUGGAACGUCGAUUUGAUUUGACUAGCCGCCAAGUUGGCUAUCUCUACAGUUCCCUUGAAGUGACCGCCGUCCUUUCAACUGCGGGCUUCAGUUUCCUAGAUGGACGCAAACACAACCGGCCACGCAUAAUUGGCAUCUGCGGUUUUAUCCUUGGCUUCGGUUUUCUCCUCUUUGCUCUUCCGCAUUGGCUGUCCGGGGCCUACCGACCGACUGCCGACUCCUCGGGCGUUGAAAGGUCGGCCCUCUGUGACCGUCGUCUUAACUUAUCGGAUCUACUCUCCAGCGGUGGCUCCCUCCCACCGGCCUUCUCCUCGCAGAGACUCUGUGCGGAAUCAGAAACCACGCUGAAGUUUGGUGAUAAUAGUAUUAGCACGGAUUACACGGUAGCCUUGCCACUCUUCUGUCUAGCCAUGAGUCUUGUUGGCCUUGGCACUAGCCCGCUUCAUGUUCUUGCGCCCACCUUUCUUUGGGACAAUCUCUCCGAACGACAUUUUUCUAAUGCGUUUUCCACUACAGGUCUCUUCUACAGUGCAGCAGCUCUGGGGCCAGCCUGCGGCUUUAUUGCCGGCGCUGCUUUCCUACAAGUCUACAUCGAUCACCCUACCCGGCCGCCUUCCUCUCUGACUACCUACAACGCCGCCUGGUUAGGGGCUUGGUGGAUGGGGAUGCUGGUCUUUGGAGGCCUGGCUUUCAUAACGUCAUCUCCUGCUGUGGCCUUCCCUCGCCGACUGCCUGCUCAACCCUGCACGCCCCCUCUGUUGGACUCAUCCACCGAAACAACUUUGGUAGGUCGAUCUUUUGGUUCUCUUGUUAAUCCCCGUAUAUGUGGGGUUAGCACUACCAUCCCCGCACCCCUACCACAGUUGCCUCUGAACUAG